UUUCCCCAGGCCGCGGUGCCUAGGCACUCGGCCGGGGCUGCUCCGUGUGGGGGCGUGAGCCGCGGCGCAGAGGGGGGCUCCGGGCGCUCGCGAGCCUACAGUCCGCAGCGGCACCGGCGGGCGCUCCCGUAGGCGUCGGCCGCCGCGAUGUCUGCUCGGUGCUGUGCUGGUCAGCUGGCCUGCUGCUGCGGGACUGCAGGCUGCUCCCUGUGCUGCGGCUGCUGCCCCAGGAUCCGACAGUCCCGCAGCACACGCUGCAUGUACGCCCUCUACUUCACCCUGGUCGUUGGCCUCUGCUGCAUCAUGAUGUCCAAAACCGUGGCUAACGAGAUGAGAAAGCACAUUCCAUUUUUUGAAGAUAUGUGUAAAGGCAUUAAGGCUGGUGACACCUGCGAGAAUCUGGUGGGAUAUUCUGCGGUGUAUAGAGUCUGUUUUGGAAUGGCUUGUUUCUUCUUCAUCUUCUGUCUAUUGACCUUGAAAAUCAGAAACAGCAAAAGUUGUAGAGCUCAGAUUCACAAUGGGUUUUGGUUCUUUAAACUCCUGCUGUUGGCAGGCCUGUGCUCAGGAGCUUUCUUCAUUCCAGAUCAGGAUACCUUUCUGAACGCCUGUCGCUAUGUGGGAGUCGUGGGAGGCUUUCUCUUUAUAGGCAUUCAGCUCUUCCUGCUCGUGGAAUUUGCACAUAAGUGGAACAAGAACUGGACUGCAGGCACAGCCAGUAACAAGCUGUGGUACGCCUCUCUGGCCCUGGCGACCCUCAUCAUGUAUUCCAUUGCUGCUGCAGGCUUGAUUUUGAUGGCAAUUUUUUAUACACAAAAAGUCGGCUGCCUGGAAAACAAAAUUCUCCUGGGAAUCAAUGGAGGCCUGUGUCUGCUUAUCUCAAUAGUAGCCAUCUCACCCUCGGUCCAAGAGCGACAGCCGCACUCUGGACUCCUGCAGUCGGGGCUCAUAAGCUGCUAUGUCACCUACCUCACUUUCUCAGCUCUGACCAGCAAACCUGUAGACGUGGUUCUAGGUGAACAUGGGAAAAAUGUUACGAUCUGUGUGCCCACCUUUGAUCAAGACCUAUACAGAGAUGAAAAAUUGGUCACUGGGCUGGGUACUUCACUGUUGCUUGGAUGCAUCUUGUAUUCAUGUUUGACAUCAACAACAAGAUCAAGUUCUGAUGCUCUGCAGGGGCGAUAUGCAGCCCCUGAACUGGAAGUAGCUCGGUGUUGUUUUUGCUUUGGUCCAGAUGGAGAGGACACGGAAGAUGAGCAGCAGGUAAAGGACGGACCAAGGGUCAUUUAUGAUGAGAAGAGAGGCACCGUCUAUAACUAUUCCUACUUCCACUUCAUGUUCUUCUUGGCUUCCCUCUAUGUGAUGGUGACCAUCACCAGGUGGUUCAGCUAUGAAAGUGCCCACCUUGAAGCCUUCUUCAGCGAGAGCUGGUCCAUCUUCUGGGUCAAGAUGACCUCCUGCUGGAUAUGUGUGCUGCUGUACCUGGGGACACUGGUCACCCCUCUCUGCCGCCCUUCUCCGCAUUUCUCUGUGUGAGGACGUCAGCAGUGCCCUCGGCUCAGUAGGCCUGCAGCCCGGAAGUGCCAUCCUUUGAACAGUGUCCCAGGGGUUCGAGUAGUGACGGUCCUCAGUGCUUGAGUGGGUCUGAAAAGGCUUUCAGAAAAAAAUCUCCUGAUUAGUUUUUUAAUUUUUAAAUUUGAAAAGAAACUACCAGUUUGCUCCAAAGGAUUUGAAAUUUUCAACCAGACUGAUCAUGGGUGAUAAUAUAUAUUUUUGUUUGUCUUACUGCUGGGAACCAGAUAGUGGUUAAUGUUGUGAUACUUUCCUUCUAUAUGUUUUUUUUUUUUUUUGCCAAAAUAGAGUUCGGGGGAGGGGGUACAACUUUCUUUCACAGGGAUAAAAACCUUCGUUGUUGGUCUCUCAUUCUCAUCCUUGGACUAGGAAAACAUGCCAGAGUUUUGAGCCCCCAAACCCUUCUCAGCCAGUUUUUCUGGAGCCUUGUCCUCCGUGGGCUUUGAGCAUAGGACAUGUGUCGCCUGCAGGGCCCCUGGUAUUUGUAGGGUGCAAGAUGCUUCCUGGUGGCUGCCAGCGUUUCCCUUCGAGGCUGUGAUGCUGGGAAUCACAGUCCUGACUCCUCCUCAGGGGUCUCCUCAUCCUUCCAGGCUCUGCAUCUUUGUAAUAAUGUGAAAAAGUAUAAGCACAAUUUGCUCCAUCUGCCCCGCGCGGUUCCCCACUGUGUUGUCACCACCUGAUCCAGAUCACUGCAGUAGGCCUGGACCUGCUCCCGUCGCUCUUCACGUGAUCAGAGCACGAGGUUCAUGUUUUCUUUGCCUAAGUGACAGAGGGCUGUAAGGGCUGUAAUCCUCACUGGGUAGGGCUGUAAUCCUCACUGGGUAGGGCUGUACACCUUAUGCUCUGAGACCUUCACUGAAAAGGCGCUUCAGCCUGCCACACACCUCUUUCCGUGGCUAAGGUCGGCCCCUUAGUUUCUCCUCCACCUUGAGGCCUUCCAAAUUGUCAAAGCAAAAGAGCUUUUGUUUCCCAAAUCUUUAAUGGGAACAUUAUGGUUUCCCUGGAGUAGAUUUACUGAGGCGGGAAUUUCCUGAGGUGAGGAUCCCAGGCAGCCUCACAUAGCCCUCAGUCACAAGCCUGUUAGACAAGCUGUGAAAGUGACCAAAUAUUCUUACAGAAAGCGUGGGUGGUUGGGGAUAUUUAAUUAAGCCAUACACAAUCUCCGCAGACUCUUCCACAACACAUACUUGUAACGCUCACUGAGACUUGCAGCAGCUACCCAGGAAUAUGUCCAUUUUCAGCAUCGAUGUUCUUCAUUAGGAAAGAGUGUGCAAGUGGAAAGUCCAUUAAAGACACCAGUGGAGACACUGGGGGGGGCUCUCCUAUUAGUAUUUCAUGCAGGGUAGAAAGAAUCUUCUAGAGCUCCCUGAAAGUGAGGGUUUGGGAAUUAAAAAGACUCAGCCUAUACAUGUUUUCUCUGUGGCCUGUUGUAUGAGUUGAUUGGAGCCCUCCUAAGCCGGGCUCCGUGUGCCAAUGCUGGUGGGGAGAUGAGUCAGUCUUCAUUUCUACUCCUUCACCCUCCUCUCAAGAAAAAAGGGAGAAGCAAAUCCAGGGGAUUAACUCCUUUAGAACUUCCCUUAUUUUUUACAGUGUUUGAGAUUCCAUUUUAAAAGGCACUCAGUGUAAGAGAUUCAUGUUUGGUAAACUUCAUCAGAUUUCUUUGUGAAGGUCAGGAGCUCUUUGUGUGCAGCAGUUCAAAGAUCCAUCUGGCUUCUCAAAAUGAAUAGCCCUGUGCCAACCCGAGACACUUUAGGCCAGUGGGGGUGGAAGCUCCAUGGCCUAGGACGUGGCUUGGAGAGCAGGGUGUAUGUCACACACAACGGGUGGUACAGUGACUUUGGGCUCUAGGUAAGCCAAGAUUAUCCUUAGGAAACCCUAUGAGAAAGGCAAAUCAAGAGCCAGGGUAGUGUCAUAACUGGCAUGGUAUGUUUCUCUCCUGCUAGGGACAAGUAGAGUCUUUGACUUGUCUUCUCAGCUGGGUCUGGCAGCCAGCUGGUGUGACUUUGGAACUAGCCCUUCCGCCAGAUCAAGGUUGAGCUGACAAGGCUGUAUAUUCCUUGGCUGGCCCUUGUUAGCCCCCUUUCCUCUGCAGAAAGAAGCUCAGGGAAACACAAAGGAGGGACUGCUGCCAGUGGAAGGCCCUCAUAGCUUCCUUCUGGGGCCAGCCCAGCCAGCCCACAUUUUCUAGCUGUGUAAAUCUCACGGUGUACAAUUCCUUCUGAAGGUGGUUCUUAUGCAAGAGGAAGAGUUACAGUUGCUCUGAUUUUUAUUCUCAACUGACAAUAUUAGCAAGUUUAUCUGGAUGAUUGAAAGAGAGGUAGGUGGAUGUACUCUGAGGACAGAGGGCAUAUAAAUAAGAGGACAGUCAUGAUCAUGAAUUGUGAGGUACACUACUCAGGUGAUGAGUCAAUAUUCAUAGGCUUCAAGAACCUCUAUUUGUGUGCUGUUGUGAUUUAAGAAACUGGGAAAGUUGUGCCCAUCGCUUUGAGUUGCUAUAAUAAGGGUGUUAAUUUGAUCAACUCACUGAUAACUUCUAAAACGGUAGACCUAGGCUGGGCGCAGUGGCUCACACCUGUAAUCUUAGCACUCUGGGAGGCUGAGGUGGGUGGAUUGCUUGAUCUCAUGAAUUUGAGGCCAGCCUGAGCAAGACCGAGACCCCAUCUCUACUAAAAAUAGAAAAAUUGAGGCAAGAGGAUUGCUUGAGCCCAAGAGUUGGAGGUUGCUGUGAGCUGUGACGCCACAGUACUCUACCCGGGGUGAUAGCUUGAGACUCUUGUCUCACAAAAAUAAUAAUAGAAUAAACAGUAGACCUUUCAUUCUUGCAACUCAUUGUAAUGUACGGGAUUCAAAAAGUGCAUUCUCAUGUGCUCAUAACAGUUGAAGAUUUUAAAGAAUUGUGUAUGUUUCCUUUGUGUCAUUCAUUGGCAGUAGAAAAUUUUUCCCUCUCAUUUUCAUGAGUAAACACUGACUGAGGGAAGUGUUGUCCCUAGAUGUGUCACCUGGCUGGAGAUUGGGAUCAUCCUAUCGUAAGCCUUUGGAAACCCUAUCACUCUCCUACCUGGUUGAGGGUUUUUUUGUUGUCAUUGUUUGUUUUUUUAAUAUUGUUUGGUUGGUUUUGUUUUGUCCUCACAGUUUCUUGGGAAAUUGUCUGAAGUCAUUGUUUGCAGAGAUAUUUGGAGCUUCUUUGUGGAGGACGUAGACCGGGUAUGUGAGGCUGGACGGAGGGUGAGGUUACUGGGGCUGUGGGGUCCAGUCUCAUACGACAUUGCUUCUCUCUGGUUUCUCAGAGGAUGUUUCCUUACAAAUGACCUCAGUGUAGUGUCAGUUCCCCAACACUACCCCCAAAUUGUCACGCUCUGCCUUUUUAAGAUGGUGUAUUUAUUUAGUUUUUGCCUAAGUUUACCACCACUGGUGCUUUACGUUACCCUGCAGAGGGAAUUGCAGAGCCUGCCUUUAAGCUAUCGGGGCCUUUCCCUCCCUUUGUUGCCUUUCU